AUGGAAGAAGUCACAACUGUAGCGGUCAUAGGUCUGGGACCGGCUGGCCUCGUGGCAUUGAAGAACCUGAGAGAGGAAGGUUACCAUGCCACAGGUUUCGACCGCAACGACUACAUUGGCGGACUAUGGCAGUACUCAGCCAAAGAGCAGACGUCCGUACUGGAGACGACUACUGUUAAUAUCUCGAAAGAGAGAGCGUGCUUUACCGACUUUCCCUUCCCGGAAGAUGUCCCAUCACACCCAGCAGCCGCACAGGUGCAACGAUACCUAAUAGACUAUACGAAGCACUUCAACUUGGAAUCGUACAUGCGGCUUGGCACCUCAAUCAAGCAGAUCACUUUCGAUGAGGAGCGACAGAAAUGGGUCUUGGACAUUGAAGGUGGGAACAAAGAAUAUUAUGACAAGGUCGUUGUAGCGAUUGGUGGUAUGGUCGGCAAGGCCAGUACUCCAACCAUAGAAGGCAUUGAGAAGUUUGCCGGGUCUAGCGUACACUCGCAAGCUUUCAAGAGGCCAAGAGAUUACGAAGACAAAAGAGUCAUGGUCGUUGGCUUCAGCAAUAGUGCAGCGGAUACAGCUACGCAGCUUGUGGGUGUGGCAGACAAGGUGUAUAUGGCGCAUCGGCACGGGGCGCGCGUUCUCCCGCGACGCAUCAAAGGUGUCCCGAUAGAUCAUACACACAGCCUACGUCUCUUCACCAUCCAAAGCCUCAUCAUGAAGUACCUUCCGCGUCUCGGCGAACGUCUAUUCGACAAGUUCCUCAAGAAGAUGCAAGACAAGAGUUUCGAUAUUCGUUCCGAGUGGCGCUUCGAGCCCGCAGGCAAAGUACCUGUGGUAUCCGAUACUCUGAUCCCGUGUCUUGAGAACGGCAGUAUCUCAUCGGUCGCGGGGAUAAAACGUAUUCUAGGCGCGACUGAAGUAGAACUCCAAGACGGGAGUAAACCUGACGUUGACGCUAUAAUCUGGUGCACGGGAUAUACAUCAGACUUUAGUAUGAUUGAGUCUCGGUUCGAUCCUACAUGUCGUCCUCAGCCAUGGCUUGACGCUCCCGGUUCGAAUGGGAAGUCACUCUUCCGUCUCUAUCACAACAUCUUUUCACUUGAGAAGCCAGAUAGUCUGGCGUUCUUGGGGAACGUACAUAUAACACUCAGUGGUUUUCCAAUCUUUGACAUGGCAUCUAUGGCUAUAGCCCAGGUCUGGGCGGGCAAAUCCACACUGCCUUCGCUCUCUGCUAUGAAUGCCGCUGUCGACAAACACCACGUAUGGUUAGCCGACUUUGCAAAGCGCAUUCACAACGUGUCGCCAGGGCAAUGCGAGGCAGGUGAAUGGGUCAAGGCCAUGGACCAUCUUGCCGGCACAGGUGUCAACGAAUACUUAGGUUAUGGGUGGAAAGGCUGGCUGUUCUGGCUCCGGGAGAGGAGGUUCUGCAAUCUGCUGAUGAGUGGGAUAUGGAGUCCGCACAUACAUCGCGUGUUCAGCACAGGGAAGAGGAAAUGCUGGGAUGGUGCGAGGGAGGCGAUUGAAAGAGUCAACGAGAGUGUUGCUAAGAUGAGGAAAGACACAAAGGAGAAGGCGGUCUGA